AUGUCGAAACUUAUUGUUAUAACGAGUGUCACCGGUACCCAAGGAUCAUCAAUUGCCGAGACAUUUCUCCGCUUCCCUGAAUGGCGAGUUCGAGGCACAACACGCAAUCCAGCAAGUGUAACUGCUCAAGCAUUAGCAGAAAAAGGAGUCGAAAUCGUUCAAGCGGACUUUGACGACAAGAUAUCACUAUCUUCAGCUUUCCAAGGAGCUACUGUGAUUUACUCCAAUACCGAUUUCUUCGUGCAUCUCUUCACAGGAAUAUCCGAAGGCGCUCCUCUUGGCCGCACAGUCCUCGAACACGCAUAUGAUCGGGAAAUCGCUCAAGGUCUCAACAUCGCAGAAGCAGCCGCUUCAUCUAGCGUUCUUGAAACAUUAGAUUAUUUCAUAUAUUCCUCCUUGAGCGACGCAACGAAAUGGAGUGGAGGCAAAUAUUCUACGGUAUAUCAUUUUGACUCCAAAGCAGAAACGAUCCGGCAGAUUGAAUCUCGAUUUCCGGAGUUGGCGAAGAGAAUGAGUACCCUCCAAAUGGGAUAUUAUGUCACGAAUUGGAAAGCUUUCCCACCAAUGGCACCACAGAAACAGGAUGAUGGGAGUUUUUUAUUCGAGAGACCUUUGAGUCCGGAUAGUGUGGUGCAGUUUGUGGUUACGCAGAGGGAUACAGGAGCGUUUGUUAAAGCCUUGAUUGAGAUGCCGCCGGGCAAACAUUUAAUAGGUGUUUCGGAGAGAAUGACUUGGAGAGAGUGGACGAAGAUUUGGGGAGAGGUUUUGGGGGUUAAGGCGGGGUUCAAACGGGUUUCGGAAGAAGUUUUUUGGGAAGGGACACCGGAUGCUAUGUUAUCGGAGUUGCAGGUUGCUUGGGAUUACGCAGAUGAGUUUGGUCAUGCGGGUGGGGAUUUGGAUGUGCUGAGGCCAGAAGAGCUUUCGUUCAAGAUUUCGCUCACGUCGAUGGAGGAGUAUAUCAAGAGUGAAGAUUGGUCAGCUGUUUUGAGUUCUUGAAGAAGAAACUCUCUAUUCGCAGGAGCAAUCAAAUUUCCAUAUUCUAUUGAUCGAGAGGACUCAAGAGAUAUGAAAUGUUUCGGAACAGUAAUUUUAUUAUAUAAUUCAACUGGAACCAUCUUCUUUCUGGCGAUUCCCAAACCCUUCUUCCAUUAACUUUCUUGUCUUGUCUUGUAACAUGCAAGAAAAUUCUAGGAGGCGUAGAUAAUAAUGACUUGGGUUGAGAUAGUAGUCCCGCUCCAGUUUGUAGUACUUCUCUUGCUAUAUUUCUUGGGUAGGUAGC